GCAAAGAGUCCGAUCCGACUGAGCGACUGAAAUGAAUGGAAAGGCAAGUGUGUGAGUGUGUGUGUGUGUGUGUAUGUGUGUAGAACACAUACCGAAUCGGUUUUUCUUCCCUUUGAAAUGCAGUUUUUCACCUCUCCUUUGACGUGUCCUUUUUAAUUGCUUUCUCACCCAAUUUCUCAAGGUUAGGAAAAAAAGUCAGAGGCAAAGGAGAUAAGCUGGACUGUGAGUUGACACACGGGGGUGAUUUUUAAAAAGCUAAGACACACUCCGUCUUAUUUCCAUCUAUUAGUAAUAAUUUACAGACUGACCCAGGACUGUCCACAUCCCCAUUCAGGCUCCUUAUGCCUCCUCUUCUCUUAUCCUGUUACCACUCAGUGAUGCUGAGUCUACUAAGGAAUUUGACAAAUAUGAAGCAAUGUAUGUAGUUAGAUUUUUUUUUUUUUUCUCUCGAGUUUGGCUGGGUGGGAGGCGGAGUUAUUUGUUGUAAUGUUGGUCUGAUCGGCAGAUCGGGUGUGUGUAAGUGAGUUCUGAGUCUCGGUUGACAAAAAGGGACUUGAACGCAAAGAGGCAGAGCUAGAGGGAGAGGAGGGCGGGGAACGAGGGGAAAGAGGCACUCAGGGUUGGGGAAGUGUUAGGAACGGAGGGUUAGCGUAGGAGGGAGGGAGUCUGGCUGUCGGAGCAACACCGGAGAGAUAAAGGAGAGUGAGAAGAGAGGGAGACUGAAGGGAUGACUAGUGGGAGAAAGAGGGAGACGGAGGAGGCUUAAGAGAAAGAGAAGAGAGUAGAGGAAAGAGUAGGAGAGGAGGGAGAGAAGCAAGGAAGAGGAGGGUUACAGAGUGACUGUGGAAGAUGGUGUUUCUCUAUUCCAGAUACUUCUAAGAUUGGAGACUCUUUGCUGGUGGGGAGACUCCGGGUGGUAUGGCAGCCAGUUAGGCAGCGGCAAAGUGUAAUGGACAGCAAGAGACAGACGUUCCAGCCACCUUUCCGCCGCCCGGAGAUCCCGGAGCUGUUUCUCCAGCCAAUUCGUUUCCCAGCUGGAGUCUCAGAGCGUGCUGCACUACCAGAGCCCAGGGAGCGCCUAGAAGCUAGCUGCUUCUGCGAGAUGCCUUCGCCUGAGCAGUAAGAACUUCCUGCCUGAGUCCCUGCAUCCUCUCUUAGCUGAAACUCCCCAGGAAACAGGGGCGGGAGACCCCAGGGGGAGGGGCGAGGGGGAACCUGGAGCAGCUCUUUCUCCCCUCCCCCUCCCCUGCCCGGCGCGCAAGCAUGGAUGUGCUCAGCCCCGGACAGGGCAAUAACACCACGUCGUCCCAGGGUCCCUUCGGGACACGCGGCAACGCUACUGGCAUCUCCGACGUGACCUUCAGCUAUCAAGUAAUCACCUCUCUAGUGCUGGGCACGCUCAUCUUCUGCGCGGUGCUGGGCAAUGCGUGUGUAGUGGCGGCCAUCGCCCUGGAGCGCUCCCUGCAGAACGUGGCGAACUAUCUCAUAGGCUCGCUGGCCAUCACCGACCUCAUGGUGUCGGUGCUGGUCCUGCCCAUGGCCGCGUUGUACCAGGUGCUCAACAAGUGGACUCUGGGACAGGUCACCUGUGACCUGUUCAUCGCCCUCGACGUGCUGUGCUGCACCUCGUCCAUUCUGCACCUGUGCGCUAUCGCGCUGGAUAGAUACUGGGCCAUCACCGAUCCCAUCGACUACGUGAACAAGAGGACGCCCCGGCGCGCCGCUGCGCUCAUCUCGCUCACCUGGCUCAUUGGCUUCCUCAUCUCCAUCCCGCCCAUGCUGGGCUGGCGCACCCCGGAAGACCGCUCGGACCCGGACGCGUGCACUAUCAGCAAGGACCACGGCUACACUAUUUACUCCACCUUCGGCGCUUUCUACAUCCCUCUGCUGCUCAUGCUGGUUCUCUACGGGCGCAUCUUUCGAGCUGCGCGAUUCCGCAUUCGCAAGACAGUUAAGAAGGUGGACAAGGCGGCAGCCAACCACCGCCUUGCGGCGUCGCCGGCCCCGCAGCCCAGAAAGAGCGUGAGUGGUGAGUCGGAUAGCAGAGACUGGAGGCAGGGCACAGAGAACAAGGUAACAGGGGCUCCGUGCGCCAAUGGAGCCGUGAGGCAGGGCGAAGAAGGCGCCGCCCUGGAGGUGAUCGAAGUGCACCGGGUGGGCAACUCCAAAGAGCACCUUCCGCUGCCCAGCGAAGGCGGUGCUGUCCCCUACGUCCCCUCCUCCUUCGAGAAAAAAAAUGAGCGCAACGCCGAGGCCAAGCGCAAGAUGGCCCUGGCCCGCGAGAGGAAGACGGUGAAGACUCUGGGUAUCAUCAUGGGCACCUUCAUCCUCUGCUGGUUGCCCUUCUUCAUCGUGGCCCUAGUCCUGCCCUUCUGCGAAAGCAGCUGCCACAUGCCUACCCUGUUGGGGGCCAUAAUCAACUGGCUGGGCUACUCCAACUCUCUGCUUAACCCUGUCAUUUACGCCUACUUCAACAAGGACUUCCAAAACGCGUUUAAGAAGAUCAUCAAGUGCAAGUUCUGCCGCCGAUGAUGAUGGAGUAGCGGCGAGUAGGCCCAUCCCAUUCAUUCUGCCUCCCCUAGUCCUCUGGAAUCAAAGCCUUUGCUACUUUCCCUCUGACAUUCACAGCUGCUAGGCGCGCUGCUUCCAGACCUCAUCCACCCAAGCCUCUCCCAAGCCUCAGUACCCAGCGGGGAAGGAUGGCGCUCUUCGUAAAGAGGGUCUAGCCUCCGGGCAAGAGAGAAACUCCUUAGCCCUGUGAGAGGAGACCUUGGCUCAAACUGGCUUCAGAAUCCGUUUGAUUCCAGCAAUUGCCUCCUGCUUCUUCUGCCCCAUAAUCUUCGCGGCGGAACUUUAAGCUUCAGCCGUUAAAGGCAAAAAAAAAAAAAAAAAAAAAAAAAA